UGCGACGUACCAGAUUUGCUGAAGAACGGAUACAUUUAGCAAGCUAACGAUUCUGAUUAUCAUGUGAUUUUGUGCUAGUUUUAACAGAUUUUGGAAGACUCUGCGCCAGAUCUUGCCACUGAUGAAGACCGAAGGUUUCGGAUUGGUAUUGCAGCGCGCCAAGAACAGAGGGCGGGGCGUCACACUGGAAAGGCUGUUGCUGAGUUACCGUGAAGACUGACAGCGACCGAGACUUCCGGCAUGGGCUUUGGAGAGAGCGAGAAGGGAACAGAAGCUGAAGCUCAUAGCAGGAGCCACAAUGGCGACUGUCCUCUCCUAACAACAGGGGCAGUGGGUGUUCUUAUAUCCGCAAACAUCGCCCUAAAUACAGGCCUGGUUGAUAUCCAGGGCCACUAAAAAUAAACUGGAUCAUCUUUUGCACAUGAAUAUAGUAUAAUUUCUGACCAAUACAAAAUAUAAAGAGAUAAAAUUGUAUAUUAAACGAACAUGUAAACAGAACCAACCGGGUCAAGUUUUCAUUUUCAGUUCUGCGAAACAAUAUUGCCCAUUCAUCAUGGACUAUACUUGUUUCCGAACUCAGAUCGUAAACUGAAGGAAUUAAAACACCUUCCCUUAAGCCUGGCACCGGGCUAAAGGUAGCUAAAAGAAAAAAAGUAUUUUUUCCUCUUCGUUUUUACGAAAGAGUCUGCUAGCUACACAGCACGAACAGGCUAACCAAACAAACGGGAAAACCGAGCACAAUGCUCCGACUUAUUGUUUGAGCUUUUGUAGUCGUCUGUAAGAACUAGUUUUAUGUUCGACCGCUCAUCAGAAAUUAUCGUAUUUUUGUUUCUAUCUUAAUAUUUUUUUCCUUUGAAAAGCAAAGGCUUGCAGCUGACCUGACUGGAAUUAACUCGGAUGAAGCAUAAGGACAGAUAACAGGCCCGCGUUUGGGAGAAGGACCGCUGCUGACGUGAGGAAUGCCUGGGUCAGACCGACACCAUGGGACCAAGAGAAAGCCGGAUCCCAGCGCCAGCGUUUCAUUAUUGCCGCAGACGGCAAGCGGUAACAGCGGGGCGUACCCCCCCUUGCUGCCGCCGCACUCAUCUGCGGGUAACAUGAACAGCAAGGACGGAAAGCUCCAGUCGAAGCUCUCCUCGUCUUCCUCGUCGAAGCGCAAAAGGCACAAAUCAUCCAAGCACGGACGGGAAGGCUCUUCGCUGGGCCAGGCCUCUGACUUUGCUACCCAGGACUCCGCGGCGCCUCCUGCCGUCAGCGCCAUCAAGCCGCUGGUCGAGUAUGACGACAUCAGCUCUGACUCUGACACUUUCUCGGAUCCGCCAGCUGCUAGGCCCUCUGCAGAUCGGAGAGGAGGGGGGCUGGACAGAUUAAAUUCUGCCGGGGAUUACGGUAGGGACGACGGGGGCGGGGCCGGUGAAAGCAGGGAGAGUCGGGGGCACAAGCACCGGCAUCCUCGCAAGAAGUCCAAGGACCUGCACAGGGCAAAGGACGCGGGCGAGGGAGGGGGUGACGGCGGAGAUGGGACUUCAAAGAAAAAGAGCAACAGGGACAGAGAGAAGGGGAGUUCAGGAAAGAGCAAGGAGAAGGGGACCCCUGCUCCCGGCUUCUCCUCGGGCCCCAGGCGGCAGGGGCCGCAGGAGGGGGAUUUGGGGCCUAAGAGGGGAGAGCUGCCGGGUGGCCUGCAGGUGCAGCCGGAGGCCUCCGUCAGCAGCACGGCCUCCUCCUCCUCCUCCUCCCGCAGCAAGGAAGGGAGCAGCCGCUCGGGGAAGGCCCGCAAAGACAAGCAGCAGCGCCGGGAGGGCAGGAGCUCCUCCCAGCGGGACCGGGGGGAGAAGAGCCACCGCAAGGCCUCCAAAAGCUACAAGGCCAGCCCGAAGGGGAAGGCCUCGUCGUCGUCGCGGGCGAGCCCGUCCCGGGGCGGCAACGACAGCCCCGCCGGGGGCGGCGGCUACGCCCAGGAGGCUCAGGAGGCCGAGGACAGCUACCACCGGCGGAGACGGCCGGCCCAGCACAGCCCCAGCCCCUACCGGGAGGCCUCGAGGCGCAGCCGCCAGCGGUCCGACAGCCCCUACGCCGGCCGCCAGCGCUCGUCCAGCUACGAGCACGACAGCAGCCCGUACUCGUCCUCCAGGAAGCGCUCAUCCAUCAGUCCCUACGGCAACCGCCGCUCCUCCAGCGCCAGCCCUGUGUCCAGGCGUUCGGCUCGGUCACGGAGUCGCUCCCCGGCAGCCUUCCCAUCAUGCUCGUCUCGGCGGCCAUCCUCGCGCUCCCGCGGUAAGAAGCACUCGUCGGCGGGCGGGGGCGGAGCCUCCCACAGCAGCCGGCCCUCCAGCCGCUCUCCCUCCUCGUCCCGCCUGCCGCUCAACUCCAGCCUGGGCGAGGAGCUGAGCCGCCGCAAGAAGGAGCGUCAGGCCGCCGUGGCCGCCGCCCGCGGCCCCUCCCCGCCCCCCGGCCCCGCACCGGCACCCGCCAAACGCCCCGCCCCGCGGCCCCCCAAACCGGAGCCCGAGCCCCUCGACAGAGAGCCGCCCGCACCGGACCCCCCUCCGCAGCCCCUCACCCCCGGCCCCCCUCCCCAGGACAAUCCCCCCCGGGAGGGGAAGGGCACCCCCCCGCCCCCCCUACCCGCCUUCUCUUCCCCGGCUCCACCUCUACCCCCCAGCCAGACCCCCCCUCUCCCUCCGCCCCUGCCCCCCCUCCCCGCUGCCCUGCUCCAGCCCCCCCUGCCCGAGGCAGGCCUGCAGGCCCUCACCCAAGCCCCGUCCCCGGCCCCCUCCACCUCGGCCCCGCCCAAAUCCCCCGCCGCCCCACCCGCCCGCAGCCCCGCCCGUCAGCCGCCCCCCAUGAAGACCUCUACCCUGCCCCCCCUGCCCCUGCCGCCCAUGCUGCUGGGAGACUGUCAGGACAGCCCAAAGAAGACGCCUCCCCAUAGGUCCCACAAGAAGGAGAAGGAGGUGCGGACUCGGCCCCUCCUGAGUGACCUGCCCUUGCCCCCCACGCUGCCCGGAGGAGACCCCUCCCCCCCUCAGUCUCCCGUGCACAGGGCCCCGCCCCCUCCACAGCCAGUCUACAAGAAGAGACCAAAGUUUUGCUGCCCGCGCUACGGGGAGCGCAAGCAGACGCAGAGCGACUGGGGCAAGCGCUGCGUGGACAAGUUUGACAUCAUCGGCAUCAUCGGCGAGGGCACCUACGGCCAGGUGUACAAAGCCAAGGACAAAGACACAGGUGAGCUGGUGGCUCUGAAGAAGGUGCGCUUGGACAACGAGAAGGAGGGCUUCCCCAUCACGGCCAUCAGAGAGAUCAAGAUCCUGCGGCAACUCAACCACCGCAGCGUGGUCAACAUGAAGGAGAUCGUCACCGACAAGCAGGACGCCCUCGACUUCAAAAAGGACAAAGGCGCGUUCUACCUGGUGUUCGAGUACAUGGACCACGACCUGAUGGGGCUGCUGGAGUCGGGGCUGGUGCAGUUCUCCCACGAGCACGUGCGCAGCUUCAUGCGGCAGCUCAUGGAGGGCCUGGACUACUGCCACAAGAAGAACUUCCUGCACCGCGACAUCAAGUGCUCCAACAUCCUGCUCAACAACAGUGGGCAUAUAAAGCUUGCAGACUUUGGUCUGGCCCGGCUGUACAACUCCGAGGAGAGCCGGCCGUACACUAAUAAGGUGAUCACACUAUGGUACCGCCCCCCAGAGCUGCUGCUGGGAGAGGAGAGGUACUCUCCAGCCAUCGACGUCUGGAGCUGUGGGUGCAUUCUGGGAGAACUCUUUACCAAGAAGCCCAUCUUCCAGGCCAAUCAGGAAUUGCUACAGCUGGAACUCAUUAGCCGGCUGUGUGGGAGCCCCUGCCCGGCGGCCUGGCCCGACGUCAUCAAGCUGCCGUACUUCAACACCAUGAAGCCCAAGAAGCAGUACCGGCGCCGCCUGAGGGAGGAGUUCGCCUUUCUUCCCUCCCACGCUCUGGACCUGCUGGACCGCAUGCUGACCCUCGACCCCGCGCGACGCUGCACCUCGGAGCAGGCUCUUCUCAGCGACUUCCUGCGGGACGUGGAGCCCAGCAAGAUGGCCCCGCCCGACCUCCCUCAUUGGCAGGACUGCCACGAGCUCUGGAGUAAAAAGCGUCGGAGGCAGCGCCUGAGCGGGCUGCCCGAGGAUGUGCCUGUGCCCAAAGUGCCCCGCAAGGACCCCGCAGGGGCCCCCAGCAGCGACAACAGUCGCCCCCCCGUCAGCCCCGCGGGGGCCCCCCCGCCCCCGCCGCCGCCCGGACGUCCGCCCCCCUCCGCCCUGCCGACCAAUGAGCUGGCAGGUCUGGGCGCGGCGGCGGAGCAGCUGAACCAGAGCGAGCUGGCGGUGCUGCUGAACCUGCUCCAGAGGCAGACGGACCUCAGCCUGCCUCAGAUGGCCCAGCUCCUCAGCGUGCCGGCCAACCCCGAGAGCCAGCAGCAGCUGGAGACGCUGAGCCAGUCUCUGACGGCGCUCAGCGAGGCCUCCAACCCCCAGCGCGCGCGGCGGGACGAGGAGGGGCCCGGGGAGGGGCCGGCCCCGCCCGCGGCCGAGCACGCCCUCAGCCAGGAGGACCAGGCCGGCCUCCUGGCCCUGCUCCUGGGCCAGCUGAUCCGGCCGCCCGCCGAGGGCCCGGAGCAGGCCGACGAGAGCAACGGGGUCCAGUCGGAGGAGCCGGUCCCCCGGGGCCCCGGAGACCGCAAGGAUGGCGCGGUCGGGCGGCGGAAGGCAGCCGUGAGUCAGGCCCCCCAGCCCCCCGAGAGACGCCCCCCCUCUCCGCCGGGGUCUCCCCCACCGCCGGCCCCCUGCCCCCCCCAGCGGGCCCCGGGCCCCGAGCCCCCGCUGGCCCCGGACAUCGGCCCCGCCGCGGCCCCUCCCCUCCUCCGGCUCGUGUCCCAGCAGGAGGCCGAGGACCCGGCCGAGACCGCCGGGGCGCUGGAGUCCUCCGACCAGCAGGGGGCCACGGGCGCUGCGCCGCCUUCCUGGACCCAGCCCUCGGACUCCCCCGAAACCCAGCCCCAAAACGACCCCAAACCCGGCGCUCAGUUCCCGCGAGAUCAGGACUUCCGCUUCUCCCACGGGGCCCCCAGCGACACUAGCACAGAGGCCUGGAGCCAGGGGGCCGAGAAUCUCCAGGGCAACAGCCAGACCCAGGGCCAAGGGGCCAGCAGGGCUAAAGGCCCACCCUACUGACUUACUGUAGUCCAGUCAGUAGGGGGAAGGAGCUCCCCCUACCUGCGGUGUGCAGACAUGCAAGAAGGCGGUGAAAAGCCUUCCCUGCAUCGCGAUGGGACCAUGUAGCUGUUGGGGGAUGUUGGGGGAUGGACCGCGGAGGAGAACAGAAACUGUGUGUAUGGUUAUACAGGAAGGUCUAUGACUGCUGAUGUCCCGAGAGAAAACCUGCUCAAAAUAGCCCACUCUUAAUCACAAGCCUCUUCGGGUCCUGGCACAGUGCUAAUAGAACUAGCGCCAUCGCUCCACCUUCAUGGCCCUCCUGUCGAGAGAGGCAGCCCUGGAAUGUAAUCCUCAAGUUUUUUGCACAUGGAAUGAAUUUGGAGUUGGUUUGUUAUUUUUUUUCCCCCUCGGAAAGAACCCAUAUUUUGCAAGCAGCCAUUACGAUUACCCCUCUCCCCCCCCCCCCCCUUUUCCUUUUCAGCCUAGGAGGUGUGGAGCGAGCCUUACGACACCUUCGCUGGUUCCCGGCUUCGCUUGGGGACCUUGCAAGCCUUGCGGUGCCGGAAACGAGGCCGUAGAUUUCCCGAGGGGAGCAGAACCUCCCGGAUGUGAGCGUGCGGUUUCUCACAAACCCGGGUGAACCUGGCCGUUUCCGACGCUUUCGCCCUGACUGACCUCUGACCUUUGACCUUGACCAUGUGCCUCUGUAGUGACCUAAGCGACCCCUGAAUGACCUUUUCCAAAGGAAAGCCUUUUUUUCUUUUUCGUUUGCUUAUUCCUUUUCUUCGUUUCUUUUUUUCAGCAGUUGAUAAUCAAGUUGAAAAUUGGGUUUAAAAAAUGGAGAAAUUAAAAAAUAAUAAUUUAAAGCCCAUCUUUUUUUUUUCUUUUUUUGUUUCGUUUUCUUUUUUGUGUCUAGGGCCAAAGCGUUGCUGCAGAUGGUGGUUUGGUCUAAAAUCUACGAGUAGUGUGUCCACUGUCCGUAUAUGUGUGCACAACUGGAAUUUCGACAGUUCGCUGCUCUCCCUAUCCUUUGCUGCAGAGGUACCUUGCUUUGUGGAAGCGGCCAUCUUUUCAGGUUGAUGUUGCAGCCGUCAUCUGAAGUACCAAACCGGCAGACUAGUCUCAUACUGAGGGUUCAUUUUCUUUGACCGCCCCGGGGGGCCACAAUUCAGUAUUAUGUCGACCCGCACACAAACAAAACAACCCUUUGCUCGUCUUUCAUGUAAGCUGUUGUCAUCCCUCUACGCCUGUGAGCUCCCCACUCCCCCCUCUCGCUCACUCUACACAGUGAACUCAAGGUUUUGUGCAGUUAUUUUCUACUUAAAGUGCUGAAAAUGCUAACAGGUUCAUGAGUAAUGUUUUUUGUUUCUUCCACUUCAGAACGGCAGAGAAGGGGAAUCGGACUUACUGGGUUACCUGUGACCGUAGAGAUAUUUUGUUAUAUACAUGUUUACUUCUUUCUGUUUAUUAAAGGAAAUCUGAAGGCCA